UGUUACAUUCAUUUAUUCAGUUAGUUCACAGAUACAGAUCUGUAACACAAUCACAAUGGAGGGUGAGGUUAACAACUUAAUAUUUGUAUGGGCAACAGCCCUGAUCUCCCUUUACUACUGCAACAAGAUCACCAACUUGAUCGCACCCGGGACAAAGCGCCUAAGCGCUUUCGUCCCAGUAAUAUGCAUCUUCUUCUAUCUCCCGAUUCGUCUCACCACGGUCCAUCUCGCUGGCACAACCUCCUUCUUCAUCACCUGGCUUGCCAACUUUAAACUUAUUCUUUUCGCCUUCGAUAAAGGCCCGUUGUAUUCGAACCCGCCUCUUCCUGUGUCUAAAUUCAUCCUUACUGCUUGUGUACCGAUAAAACUGCGAUCUAAAGACGGAGGUUCUAAGUCGGGAAGCAAGUCGCCGAUCAAUUACUCGCUUAAGUUUGUGGUGUUUCUUUUGUUGCUUAAGGUGUAUAAUUAUGAGGAGUACUUGCAUCCUCUUGUUAAGAUGGCUUUGUUUUGUGUUCAUAUUUAUGUGGUGUUGGAUGUGGGAUUGGCUAUGGUUGCUUAUGCGGCUCGAGCUGUCGUUGGAUUUGAGCUCGAGCCGCAGUUUGAUGAGCCGUACCUGGCUACAUCCCUACAGGAUUUUUGGGGAAAGAGGUGGAAUCUUAUGGUCACAGGUAUACUGCAUCCUACGGUGUACCUGCCCGUCCGGUCAAUCUCGGGCAGGUAUUUGACCAAAAAGUGGGCCCCAUUUCCCGCGGUUAUGGCAACAUUCAUUGUAUCCGGGUUGAUGCACGAAUUAAUAUUUUAUUACAUUGGGCGAUUGAAGCCCACGGGGGAAGUCACGUGGUUCUUCGUGAUCCAUGGUUUGUUGGCGGGGGUGGAGGUGGUGGGGAAAAGGAUGUUGGGUGGGAGAUUGCGUGUGCCAGCGGUUGUUUCGGGUCCGUUGGCGUUGGGAUUGGUGGUUUCCACCAGCUUCUGGUUGUUUUUUCCGCCGUUCUUGCGGUGCAAUACGGAAGUCCGGUCGUGUAAAGAGUUCAUGGCAUUUUUGGAACUUGUGGUUCGUCGACGAUUUGUUGCCCCAAAUGACGUUUCUUGCCCGUACUAUUGAGGAUAAACGUUCAAGGUUUGGAAGGCAUAUACGAGUAUUGGAUCUAACAAUUGGUUUGGUUGCGUUCAUACCAGCACUAAUGCAUUGGAGUCCGUCUAAAAAUUGGUAUCAUCGAAACUUUUGUAUUACAUUAUUUUUGUAAUAUACAUUUGGGUAUAAAAUUACUUCUUUAGAUCAAA